AUGGUGAUGUUGUUCCUGUUCAGCAUCGCCUCCCUGGCCGACUACUUCAUCCUCUCCAUACAGUCCAUUGAGUUCUGCUGGCAGGGCUACGACUUGGUGUUCCUGCUGGAGCUGCUUCUCAACGUGUUCUACCUGCUGUACUUCAGCCUGCGGUUCCUGGCCGCCCCGGACGCGCUGCGCUUCUGGCUGGAAAUGAACUCCAUGGUGGAUUUCUUCACUGUGCCUCCCUCGCUCGCCUCCCUCUUCACCCAGCGCAGCUGGCUGGGUCUCCGCUUCCUCAGAGCCCUGCAUCUCACUGAGCUCCCCACAAUCCUGCAGUUUCUGAACAUCCUGCAGACCAGCUCCUCUCUCAAGCUGGCCCGACUCGUCGCUGUCUUCCUGGCCUACUGUCUCACUGCCGCUGGCUUCAUUCACCUGGUGGAGAACUCUGGUGAUCCGUGGUGGACCGUUCCAAACUCGCAGCCCCUGACGUAUUUCCAGAGCGUGUACUUCCUCAUGGUCACCAUGUCGACGGUGGGAUACGGGGAUGUCCUGGUGCACACUGUGCUGGGCAGGGUCUUCAUCAUCUUCAUCAUCACCACCGGCCUGGCCCUCUUUGCCAGCUACAUUCCUGAGAUCGUGGAAAUCGUGGGCAAGAGGAGGAAACACGACGGGAGCUACACACCACUGCCAGGGAAGAAGCACGUGGUGGUGUGCGGUCACCUGACCCUCACGAACCUGACAGCGUUCCUGAAGGAGUUUCUGCACGAGGACAGGGGCGUGGUCAACGUGAAAGUGGUGCUCCUGGGAAAUUUUGAUCCGGACGCUCAGUUCGAGUUAUUCUUGAAGCGCAACUUCAUCAAGACUGUGUUCUACCAGGGCUCGGUUCUGAGCUCCCGUGAUCUGGCCCGGGUUCAGAUGCAGAAAGCAGACGCCUGCCUGGUUCUGUCGAACAAGUUCUGCAAAGACCCGCACACAGAGGACGCCUGCAACAUCAUGAGGGUGAUCUCAAUCAAGGACUACUGCGCGGACACUCGGGUGAUCUGCACCAUGCUGCAGAACCCCAGCAAGGUGUACCUGCAGAACAUCCCAAGCUGGGACUGCCACCGUGGGGACGCUGUCAUCUGCCUGGCGGAGCUGAAACUGGGCUUCAUGGCUCAGGGCUGCAUGGUGCCAGGGCUCUCCACACUGCUAGCUAACCUGUUCACAAUGCAGAGCCCAGCACAGACUCAGCCUGGCAGCUGGCGCAGUCACUACAUGCUGGGUCUGUACAACGAGGUUUACACUGAGGAGCUGUCCAGAGAUUUCACAGGCAAGCACUUCCAGGAGACCCUUUUGAAAUGUCUUUGUGUCAGACGCACGUGUCUCGUCUUGUCUCGUCUCUCCUCUCCACACAGGCUGUGCUUCGUGAAGCUGAGAGUGCUGCUGAUAGGGAUUGAGUACCGGACUGCCAAGGAGUGCAGCAUCCUGGUGAACCCGCAGAGCGAUCUCACAAUCCCUGAGAAGACUCUGGGCUUCUUCAUCGCCAGCAACGUCUUUGAUGUCAAAAGGGAUGACCCGCAGACGCACCCUGCCUGGGAGGUCAAAGCUCAGCUGGACUCCACAGGGAUGUUUCACUGGUGCCCGCCCGUCCCUCUGGAGGGCGUCACUCUGAGUCGCAGUGCUGCUCGCUGUCUCCCCCUGCAGGAUCACGUGCUGGUGUGCGUGUUCGGGGACGAGCACUCACCGCUGCUGGGGCUGCGCAAUCUGGUGAUGCCUCUGCGCGCCGGGAACCUGACCGGGGCAGAGCUGCACACCGUGCUGCUGCUUGGCUCCCUGCAGUACCUCCAGCGCGAGUGGGAGCACAUCCACUACUUCCCCAGGAUUUACAUCUUACCGGGUUCCCCGCUGUGUCGGGCUGAUCUGAGGGCCGCUCAAGUUAGCCAGUGCGCGUCCUGUCUGAUCCUCUCCACUUGCUGUGACUCCAGCCUCGAACCCUCGCUCCAGGACAAGGAGUCCGUCCUGGCCAGCCUCAACAUCCAAUCCAUGCAGUUUCCUGACAGCCGGCUGGACUCCAGCCUCGCAGGGUCUCCUCACCCCGGAGCGGAUGACACGAAGCCCCCCUUCCGGCAGAGUGGAUUGAGAGUCCCGGUCGUCGCAGAUCUGGUGCACAGCUCCAAUGUGCAGUAUAUGAGCAGUCUGGAUUCUCUGGAGACGUCGUUCUCAGACCUGCACCUCACCCAGGCCUUCGCCAGUGGCUCCAUCUUCUCUGUGGGGGUGCUGGACUCCCUCGUGUCCGCGACGUACUUCAACCGCCACGCCCCGGCGUUGAUCCGCACACUGGUGACGGGCGGGGCCACGCCCUCUGUGGAGUCUCAGCUCGCCGAGGAGGACAUGCUGCGAGGAGGCCCCAGCGACGUGACAUCACCACACCUGCGCCAUCACGCCAAGAUGGCUCAGCUGCCACUGAGCAGGGGACCCCUGGCAAACCUCUCCUGUGGAAACUUCCAGGAGCUGUUCUGUAAAUCGCUGGAUGCUUUUGGGAUCCUGUGCCUGGGUCUGUACCGGCUGCUGGACGCCCCUAACCUGGCCCUGAGGAGGUAUGUGAUCACCAGCCCUCCCUGGGACUUCCCUCUGCAGCCCUUCGACCGGGUCUUCUGCCUCGUCCCGUUCAGCCAGAGCCACCUGCUGACAGGCAGGGUCCCCCAGCCCUCGAACCCGGGUCCCACUCCUGCCCCCGGCAAUGGAAGACCCGUGUGAGGGAGAAGAAAGAUCGGCCUUAACCCUUUCAUGCAUGAAUUAUUAAAAAAUAGCUGGGGGAAAAAAAAGUUCGACACAUAACAAAUAUAUUUUUAAUUGAUUUUAAAAAAAAAAUGCUAUUGCUUUAGUUUUUUUUUUUUUUUUAAAUCUGUU